AGCUUAGGUUGAAGCCUGAGUGCAGGGCUUUCCCUGUUGCAGACCUUCCUCUUACCCUAAGGAAAUAAAAAUCUACUAGCAACUAGCAGACACAGUUGGUCACUACAGACCUUAGGAUAAAAGACAGUGACACUAAUAAAGGGUGCUGCCACUUGAGGAAGAGGCUUUUUAUGAGACUGACUCACACAGUGGCCUAGGCUGGCUUCUAUCUAACUCAAAGCAAUCCUCCUGCUUCAGCCCCCUGACAAACUGGGAUAAGAAUAAUCCACCAGCUUGAGUUAUGUCUUCUCUUGAAAAUACAUGCAGAGGGCUGUAUCUACCUGGCUUUAAACCGACUCUCCAUCUUCCCUCCCUACAUCUCUCCUUCUUCUUCUCCUUUCCCCAACGUCCUGUGCCGUCUCUUAGUGCCACCUCCCUUGACCCUGUGAAACCCUAGUGUUCACAACUGAGAGCCAAGUAUACUUCCCUGACAACAGAAAGCAUCAUGGGGGAAUUCUGAGAAUCGCCCCGCAUAAGCCAGCAGUGCUUUAUGUUCAAGGCUUAAAUUUAGCAAGUACAAAGGGUUUACAGCUCUGCGAGUAGCUGCUCCGUGACAGCAUCGCUCUGCAGUCACGGGCCCACCGCCUGCCUGUAAGGAACCCCAUCUGGGAGACGGGAAGCCGCGGUGCACUCAGGGAAAGUAUGCUGGAUUGCUUCUUUGUCUCUGGAACAUUUCUGGACAUGCAUGGCACUUCAAACAAAUCAAUGUUAUUCACAGCAGGGCAACUGUGUUCUCUACUCUGAAGAGAAUGGAAGGCCUUCAGAAGAGCACAUAUGGAACUAUAGUUGAAGGGACUCUGUGAAAGUCAAAAGUCACCUAAAUUUAUAGCCAAACAGUUAGGAGCAUGGAGUUAUGCCUGUUUUUCUGGGAUGGAGGACCAUGGCUUUGAGGAACUAUCCACAAGGACCCAUGACCUCAACGUCAGAAGACUCACUAAGGGAAACAUAAACUUUCUCUUGUCUACAGGACAAGAAACCUACAGUGUAGAAGACUCUGGCCGCCUGAGGAUCCUCCUGGUGGGUAAAUCUGGCUGCGGAAAAAGUGCCACAGGGAACAGCAUUCUCCGCAGACCAGCGUUCGAGUCCAGGCUCAGAGGCCAGUCUGUGACCAGGACCAGCCAGGCAGAGAUGGGCACAUGGGAGGGAAGGAGCUUCCUAGUGGUGGACACACCCCCCAUCUUUGAGUCAAAGAUCCAGAACCAAGACAUGGACAAGGACAUUGGGAACUGCUACCUGAUGUGUGCCCCAGGACCCCAUGUGUUGUUGCUGGUGACCCAACUGGGACGCUUCACAGUCGAAGAUGCCAUGGCUGUGAGGAUGGUGAAGCAGAUCUUUGGGGUAGGGGUCAUGAGGUACAUGAUUGUCCUCUUCACCCACAAGGAAGACCUGGCAGAUGAGUCCUUGGAAGAGUUUGUGACCCACACAGGCAACCUCAACCUGCACAGACUGGUUCAGGAGUGUGGGAGGAGGUACUGUGCCUUUAAUAACAAGGCUUCUGGGGAGGAGCAGCAGGGGCAGCUGGCAGAGCUCAUGGCCCUGGUGAGAAGACUGGAACAGGAGCGUGAGGGCUCCUUCCACAGCAAUGACCUCUUCGUUUAUACUCAGGUGUUCCUUAGAGGUGGCUACAGUGAACACCAGGAGCCAUACAAGUUCUACCUGACCAAGGUGAGGCAGGAGGUAGAGAAGCAGAAGAGGGAGCUGGAGGAACAGGAGGGGAGCUGGAUGGUUAAAAUGCUUUGCAGAGUCACGUCCUGCUUGGACUGGCACAUUGCAGUGUCUGUUCUUCUUAUUGUUCUUGGUCUGACCCUUCUCAUCACUUUAAUUAACAUGUACAUUGGCAGGUGGAAAUGAGCCUCUUUGGGUGAAUCCUGCCAUUAUCCCUGUCCACCAAAGUUCCCCAUCUCCAUGUUAGGGAAGCUCAGUCUUCAAUUAAUUUCACUAUCAUUCACUGCUCCUGUGGAUGAGACAUGUUAGAACGCUUCUAAAUACCGUUAAGUAAAUAAAAUAUGAAAGAAGAA